UGCUUAAACAUAAAGUAUUAGUUCUACCACAACGUCCUACAAAGAUUGUGGAAGAAGAACUGAGGUAAAAAUGCAAGUUAAAGUAAUAAAAAUAGAAGAAUAAUGUGAAACAAAUAGAUCAAGGUUUUGUCUUGUGAUCUGCAUUGGGUGCUGUGAGUAUGGGAUUGUAGGUCUGUUGUUCCAGGCCAUUCAUUUCUUAUACAAGUGUUGCGAGAGUUUGGUUUAUGUCGACRUUAAGUUGGACCCCUUCAAAGUGGGCCUUGGACUCGGCAAUAUCUGCCUGUUUUCACCAAGGAAGUCCGGUUCAGUGGCCUCAGGACUCUAUCAUUAUUUGCAGAUGAUGUGGUCCUGUUAGCGUCAUCAUGUCAUGAUGGGUUCACAGCUGAGAUGAGGAUCAGCACCUCCAAAUCUGAGUCCAUCGUCCUCAGUCAGAAAAAGAUGGAUUGCUCACAGAGUUAGGUGUGAGGUUCUGCUUCAAGUGGAGUUCGAGUAUCUUGGGCUUUUUGUUUACGAGUGAGGGAAGAAUGGAGCGUGAGAUUGAAAGACAGAUCGGUGUGACUUCUGCAGAGUUGUGGACUCUGUACCGGUCUGUUGUGGUGAAGAGGGAGCUGAGCUGUAAAGUAAAGCUCUCUGUUUACAGUCUACAUUCUUACCCUCACCUUUGGCCACAAACAGUAGUGACAGAAAGAAUAAAAUCAGGGAUACAAGCAGCUGAAAUGAGAUAGAGUGAGAAGUUCAGUUAUCUGGGAGGGACUUGAAGUAGAGCCGCUGCUCCUCCACAUGGAGAGCAGCCAGGUGAGGUGGUUCAGCCAUCUGGACAGGAUGCCUCCAGGAAUGUUCGACAGGGAGGAGCCCCCGGGGAAGACCCAGGACACGCUGGAGAAACUUUGUCUUGUCCAUCUAUAUCUUGUCGGGCCUGGGAAAGACUUGGAAUCUUCCGAGCUGGAAGAGGUGGCUGGGAAAAAGAGGUCUGGGCCUUUCUGCUAAAGCAGGAUGUGGGUCAUCACAGUCWUUUCUGUGGCCUGCCUGUUGGCCAGUCCAUCCCUGGCUGGCGUCAAAGAUCUGAGCACUCACUUCACUGACCCCAAACCAAACCCCAGAGGCUUAGAACCAGGUGGUGAAGUGGACGUCGAGGCCAUUCCCUUGGAAUUCCACAAAGAAAACACUGUCACCAAUGACCUUGUUUUUGAAGGCUUUGAUGAUGAAGAUUAUAUCGAUUUUGAUAAGAUCCUGGCAGCAGGGAGUGAUGAUUACAUUGAGGGGGAUGCGAUUGACGAGAUAGCUACACCAGCGCCGGACAUCGACAUCUUUGCUGAACCGUCUGAUCCAAAGAUUCGUCGAGCCAGACUCUUAAGUCUCUUCCAUGGUCGAUCUCGCCUUCAGCGCCUUAACAUCGUGAACGCCCACUUCGGUUUUAAUCUUUAUCGAAGUCUUCGUAACGACGUAAACCAGACUGACAACAUCCUGCUAGCCCCUGCAGGAAUCUCCAUCGCCAUGGGGAUGAUGUCUUUAGGAGCAGGACCUGGAACUCACGAUCAGAUCUACAAAGCUCUGGGGUUCGCUGACUUUGUGAACGCCAGCCAUCAUUAUGACAACACAACAGUGCACAAGCUGUUCAGGAAGCUGACCCACAGGCUUUUCAGGAGGAACUUUGGCUAUACGCUCCGCUCUGUAAAUGACGUCUACGUAAAGAAAAAUAUCACCAUAAAAGACACGUUCCGCACAGAAACAAAAGCUUAUUAUUUUGCCGAGCCGCAGACAGUCGACUUCAGAGAGCCAGCAUUCCUGAACAAAGCCAAUCGUCGCAUAGAAAAACUGACCAAGGGGCUGAUCAGRGAACCGCUAAAGACUGUGGACCCAAACAUGGUACUGAUGCUACUUAACUACCUGUACUUCAAAGGAACAUGGGAACAGAAAUUCCCAAAAGAGAUGACCUACUACCGAAACUUCAGAGUAAAUGAAAAGACAAGUGUACGUGUACCAAUGAUGAUAAACAAGGGGAACUAUCUGGCAGCUGCUGACCACGGACUGGAAUGUGACAUCCUACAGCUCCCAUACACAGGAAGCAUCAGCAUGCUCAUUGCUUUGCCAAGGAAGAUCACAGGAAUGAGAACCUUGGAGCAGGAGAUCUCACCAACUGUUGUCAACAAGUGGCUCAAAAACAUGACAAACAGGACUCGCGAGGUCUCGUUACCUCGGUUUAAACUGGAGCAAAAUUAUGACCUAAUUGAAAAUCUGAAGAAAAUAGGCCUCACUGACAUCUUCCAGCAGAGUGGAGAUUUCAGCAGAAUGACUACAGAAAAAGUCACCAUGAACUGGCUGAAGCACCAGGGAACCAUCACAGUGAAUGAAGAGGGAACAGAAGCUGCCGCUCUGACCCAAGUGGGCUUCAUGCCCCUCUCCUCUCAGAUCCGCUUCGUUGUUGACCACCCGUUCCUCUUCCUGAUCUACGAGCACCGCACCGACUGCCUCGUCUUCAUUGGUCGGGUAGUGAAUCCCUCACAAAACUGAACAAUUGAACAAACCAGGAGGAAUUUCAUGUCUGGUUACUGAUCUUUACACAGUUAAUGAGGUGCAUGCCUGUUUAGAGGAAGUGUAUUUCAACGGACAGGAAGUAGGCAUGAAUAUAUCUAGAAAAAGGUCAAUAAAGUCCUGCAUUAAUUUCCAUAACAUCAGUCACUCUACUGACCUAAUAUUCUUGAAGUCUUUGGGUGUUAAAGAGAUGUUAAUGAACAUUUAAACUGUGUUUUCCCACUUAAAGUGCAGAGUUUUUCUGUCUGACUCACCUAUUGCUUAUCUGUUAAUGUUUCAACAAGACUAGUAGAGAAGUGUGCUAAACAAAACAUUGCCGUUCCUCUAAUAAUGUAAAGUGAAAAUGUCAUAGAAAAUGAACAACUGAGUAAUGUCAUAAUAAAGUUAUAUAAAAGACAAAUUUAGAUGAAUAAAAAUAACAUUUCUUAUA